AUGAUUUCUAUGGCCUGGUCAGAUAGCAAUAAUAUCAUCAUCUACAGGACAUUUGAAGAGUUUAAAAAACUCCAUAAAGAAUUGAAGAGAAAAUUCCCCAUUGAAAGCGGCCUACUGAAGAAAUCUGAUCGUACCAUCCCAAAGUUUCAAGCUGGAAAUUUGAGGUUGAGGAGCGAUCGCAAUCUGAGCAAGAGUAUGGACAGGCUGAAGCUGCUAGAAGUUUAUUGCAACGAGCUACUGAAAGCAAAGGCCAAAAUCUCCCAGGGGGAAGAUGUGACACAUUUCUUUGAAGCACAGAGCCGCGACCUAGACCCCCCCUUUCCAGAAAACAGCAUCCUAAUCUUGCCUUCUGAAAUGGAAGAGAGGAAAAAGGACACACGAAAGCCUUCCAUACCAACCAUCACACAACCCGUCGUCUCCCAAAGCUACAGUUGCAUUGAAGCCUUUGAAACCAAAGACACAACGAACAGGCCUUUCCAGGCCACCAAGGGGGAAACGCUUGAAGUGCUCAUGAAGGACAGCACAGGAUGGUGGUUAGUGGAAAAUGACCAAACACAAAUUGCCUGGUUCCCAGCCCCAUAUCUGGACGAGACUGAGGAGGCGUCUAUCCCCAGGGAAGCCGACGAAGAAGAGCUGCUGUACUACAUCACACAGUCCUACGAGGCAAAAAAUCAAGAUGAACACUCUGUGAACGUCGGGGUCGUCGUAGAAGUGUUGGAGAAAUCUAACAACGGCUGGUGGCUUGUUUGGUACAAUGGGAGUGCUGGCUACGUCCCCUCCAUGUUCCUCCGGCCAUACAGAAACCCACACAGCAAAUUUCUGGCUCUUGCCAACAGUAGGCUAUGCAUCUCCACCCCAAACCUCUCUGAAGCCACCACCCUCUCCAGAAAGAACGCUCCAAUUCAGCAAAAAGGCAACGAUUGGGAGGCAAGCCAGCUUCGUUCAUCAAAUAAUUUGGAAGGAGGGGAAGAUGCUCCCUCGAGUCAAGUAAGGUCUCUGUCUUUCAGUGAGGCUGCAACCAUAGCAGGAUCUGCUCCAGCCCUUGACUGUGACAGCUUGUUCAAUAGCUCAGGAAAUGUGAGUGAGGAGAGACUGGGCUGGGCUCAGAAAAGAGAGGUCCAGGGUUUGGGGAACGUCCUCCAGCUUCCCUCCGGGAACGAAGGCAGCCCCUCAUCGCUUCCUGAGAGCAAGGAAUGGAGAGACUCUGGCUUUGAUGAAGAGCCUUUUGCCUGCGCAGGUAGUUCACUGUGCUUCCCCUUUGAUUCUGGUUGCUCUUCUGGCGGCCCCACGGUGCCCCCAAGACCCUCGGUCCAUGAAAUCCUCCAGAAAUGCUGCACCAUAACCAAAAUGGCCAUGCAAGGGGCUCGGCCCAGACCCACUCUGCCUGGCUGCUCUCUCAGCCACUGCUGACCCACGCCCUACACCAGACUUGCCUCAAACCAUGCCUAGAGGACAACGCAGCUAGCGAUUAGUAACUCACAUUUAGAACACAGAGCCAUGAGAAAGGCUCGCGCAAAUUGAGGGUAACAGGAGAGACCCCGUUGCAAGGAGCAGGGGUAUAGCCUUCAGCUGUCAGGUUGGAAGGCCUUUCACAGUCUUGUUGGAUUGGCAGGCUUGAUGCUGCAAAAAUAACCACCAAGGCUCCUGUCCUCCCCCCAUUUCAGCAGUGUGAUUUCCUUAUUGGAAGCAAGAUGUCGGUUCCCUGCAUAUCAAAAGGCCAGCCCCUGGGCUCCUUUCCCCUGCUGCGUGUGAUUAGGCUUGCUUUCUCAAAGCUGCAUCAAUUUCUUUGCUAGCAGCCCUAAGCCAGCUGCGUGCAGGAGUGGGUCAGUGACUAGAGGUACAGCUUGUAAGGAGAGAAUCUUGC